AUGUCCACACAGAACACGAUGAAAUCUUCCGGCCAGUUGGGUGUUGCGGGAAUUCUAAUAGAUGCACUGAAAAUCCUCUUCAAUGGUGGGAAGCUCAUGGCUUCCAUCUUUGUCUUCACCAUCUUCCCUUCCUUUCUUCUCUUCCUGGGCAACCAUUUUUCUACCAAAACAUUGGUUCUUGAUCUGGUUCUAAAAAUUAUAGACUUGCAACAAAGUACACCAGGAAGUGCUGAAUACAUCGAGCUAAUGGGCGAAAUCAGAAGUGAUGUUGGAAUUCUCAUGGUCACAGAAGGGAUCUUCAUAGCUGCUGUUUGGCUGGUCUGUCUUUUCGUCAUGAUUGCAACUAUUUAUGCCUCAGCCGUGAACUACAGCGGCGGAGACUUGACUCUUAAGGAGUUGAUUUCAAGGAUCAGAGCAACAUGGACGAGUCCAGCAAUCACUUGGUUCUAUAUUUCUCUCUUUAAUCUGGGUUGUACUCUUCUUGUCUGGGCUUCCCUAGGUUUCUUCUUCAUGGUUGCUACUGGUUCCAGUGGUUCGAUUGCGUUGACUGCUAUUGCUUUCAUGGUAGCUCUUCUGUUUCUUUGUAUUGCACUCUAUCUGUCCCUGGUUUCGAUUGUGAGCCUCGUAGUCUCGGUUCUGGAAGAUGGUUGUUAUGGGAUGGAGGCAAUUGGGAAAGCUGAAGGGCUUAUCAAGGGAAGAAGGCUUCAAGGGAGUCUUCUCAUCGUUCUUUGUGGUCUAGUUCUCGUCCCCAUCUCGGGAUUUCUUGGAUUCGAAAUGAGCAACGUGAAUUUCACAGAAGCUACACGAUUAAGAAUUGCAGUUCUGGUGAUUAGUAUAAUUUGCAUGGUCAAGAUCUUCAGCUUAACGGUGUUUACUGUGUUUUAUUACCAAUGUAACGAAAUCCCUGCUGAAGAGGUUCAAGUGCAACAAGGAAAGGGAUACAACAAGGUUCCCAGCGAUGAAGGCCUUCCUUAA